CGCGCGCGCGCGCGAUGGGUGCUCAAAGUGUGGCAGACGGGAGAAUUCCCCAGACCCUGCCAGGCCUCUUCCAAUGCCUGCUUAAUGGAUGAGCCAAGGGGGACCAGGCCAAUUUGCGUGUUAGCCUUGGGAAGUGGCAGCAGCGUGGGCAAGGCUGAUAGAAAUAUCCAGAGGAAGAAGGUUCAAGAGGCGCCCUGCCCACUUCACGGUGCCCCUGCUGAAUUGCAACAGAACCAAGCUGGCCAAUUUGAGAAAUCUCUACCCAUUUGCUUAGCUUACAUCAGAGGUCCCGUCCGUCACCCCCCCGUCAUCAUGUGCUGCUUCUGGCAUGGCCGACUCCAUCUCUGUGUGUGUCUGCAAGGUGCUGCGUCCUUCUAGCUCCAUCCCCACCAGCACGAACAUGUCACAAGACGGCGGGGCUCGGCCUAAAGUGAAGCCAGAUGGUGCGGCCGGCAACCGGGGCAGCGGCCGUUGGAAGGCCAGGGCCAGCCAGUCCACGGAGAGGCAGAGCCUCUCCUCCGGGGAAGAGGAGCGAGCCAGGGGAGGCCGCCCUCAAGCCGAGGCAGAGCCCAGCAGAGGGGUGGGCCGUUCCUUGCGGCAGAAGCUCCAGGCGGCUGUGGGCCAGUGCUUCCCGCUCAAAAGCGCGUCUCGCUCGCCCGACCUCUCCUCCCAACGCAAGAUCCAUCUGCGGGAGCUGAUGCUGGACACCUGCCCUUUUCCCCCGGGCUCGGAGCUGGCCCGCACGUGGAACCUCAUCAAGCAGCACACGGCGCCCGUCUCCGAGCAUGAGGCUCUGGCCCCGCCACCUGCGGAAGACGAGGACGACCGCCUGAGGGAACGCCGGCGCAUCAGCAUUGAGCAAGGGGUGGAGCCGCCCCCGGACGCACUCAUCCACACCUUUGAGGUGAGGGCUCAGAUCAACCCACUCUAUAAGCUGGGCCCAAAGCUCGCCCAUGGGAUGAACGAGCUGGCUGGGGCGAGCCGGGCCAUGCUGGCCGCUGCGGACGAAGGGGAGGAGGAGGAGGAGGAGGAGGACGAUGAGGAGGAAGAGGUCUCCACUGUGCUGCCAGACAUCAGGGACGGGCUACGUGUCCACACCCAGAUAGACUACAUCCACUGCCUGGUGCCUGACUUGCUGCAGCUGACCCAGCUGCCCUGUUACUGGGGCGUGAUGGAUCGCUACGAGGCCGAGGCCUUGCUGGAUGGCAAGCCGGAGGGGACAUUCCUCCUGAGGGACUCUGCUCAGGAGGACUACCUCUUCUCAGUGAGCUUCCGGCGCUACGGGCGCUCCCUUCAUGCCCGCAUUGAGCAGUGGAACCACAACUUCAGCUUUGACGUGCACGACCCCAGUGUCUUUCACGCCCCGACGGUGACCGGCCUGUUGGAGCACUACAAGGACCCCAGCGUCUGCAUGUUCUUUGAGCCGCUGCUCUCCAUCCCUGUCAACCGUACCUUCCCAUUCGGCCUGCAGCACCUCUGCCGGGCCGUGGUGACCAGCUGCACCACUUACGAUGGUAUUGGUCACCUGCCCAUUCCCAGCGCCCUGAAGGAGUACCUCAAAGAGUAUCAUUACAAGCAGAGAGUGAGGGUCCGGCGCCUGGACACCUGGUGGACCUAAUGGGCACCCGUUGGACUUCCACCUGCAACUGCCCCCAUCUCCCCCUUUUUACACUGAUGCUACUCAUGCCCCUAAACUAACACCCCUCACAUCUGGGUCAUCCCCCUCCCCAAAUACCUUCAUCUACCCAUGCUUCUCUAGGGUUGCGAGUAGGGUGCUCCCCUCAGGCUGCGAGAUUUGCCAUUUGGAAAAUGAGGUUCUAGGCAGCUCCGUUGUACCCUCAUUCCUUUCAACCCGCAGUCGCACGCACACACUUGAUCCCCAAGCGCACGCUGCUGGCUGCUAGGAACAGCAGAAUCAGCAGGCUGCCCUUGUAGGUGUUGGGGACAAAAGAAAAGCAAAGCACAAUGAUUUCUUGAGGGCUGCUUCCAGGUCAGGUUGUUGG